AUGGCCUGUAAGUUGAAGCUUUAUCAAUCAAUAGACUCAAUAAACCAGACGGUCAUUGUAAGUUACAUGUCACUUGAAGCUCAGCGACAACUUCUUGAGGAGAUAGAAGUAUUAGAGGCUGCAUGUUCUCAGCGGUUUCGCAAGAAUCCCACAUUGGCUUCAUAUGCUAAGAUCUCUAAUACUGAUGAGGUUUUGGAGCCUUCUCGUAAAAGACCUCAUAAGGAGACGCUUCUACAGCAGCAUGAACUACAAUUUUUUGCUCAGCAACUACAAAGAGAUUGUAAUCGGGCUCAAGCAAACUUUAAGACAACGAAAUUGCAUGACGAGGUUCAACGGUUGACCGAUGUUAAGAUGAAGUUUGACCAGUUUGAGAUUCAACUAGAAAUGCUCAAGGAGACCCGUGGCCAGGCUGUAUGGAAUGCAGAGGAGCUCAUGGAUGUGUUUCGACUUUAUCUGAGUGCUCCAGAUGAAGAUGUUAAGGGACUGAAGGUUAAACGCAAGUACGUUCUUUCUAGAGCAGCAGCACAUCUUGUUGACCUGGUCAAUGCUGCCUUCAAUGAUGUGGAGAUGUACGGACGAUUCUUGGACUUGUCCUUGUACUAUGAGAUGUUCAAGACGGCUACGCUGUCCCAGAUAUCUUACGCUCAGUAUUUACAAAGUGUUACCGACUUUCCUCAUUCUAGCAACAGCACCGACUAUCUCAGAUACCUAGAAUCGUUGCUACUGUACUUGAAGAGGCAAUUCGUCAAUUCACACCCCUUGACGCCUUUGCCGAACUUGGACGUGGCGCAAGAAGUCAAGGAUUCACAGUUGGAGGAUGGUAAGCCCGAUGAGAAAGGCGAAGUUUAUUGUAAGGCAUGCGACAAGGUCUUCGCCAAGGAAACAGUUUACAAGGGUCAUUUGGGAGGCAAAAAGCACAAGAAGAACGAGGCCAAGCUUACGGAGAAACCAGAAGCUGAAGGGACUAAUAUUACAGACGAAACAACCAGACAAAGAGGUCCUUCUGGAAAGCAAUUGGAGGGCCAAAUCAAGAUUAUGACUUCGGCAUUGAGUAAUGAACUAAAAGCAACCAUACAAGAUCAUGAACGGAGAACUGGCCUUUCUGAUAGAGAGCGAAUGAUGGAGGUGUUGGUUGCAGUUGGAGAAGAGUCUGAUUUCACUAGUGUUGAGUCGGACUCCGAAGAAAAUGAUGAAGACGACAACGACGACGAAUUCUUCUCCAAAGAUCUACCAAUAGGUACCGAUGGAACACCUAUUCCACUCUGGCUCUACAAGCUCCAGGGCCUUCAUCAUAAGUAUCAAUGCGAAAUCUGUGGAAACGCCAUAUACAAAGGACGUCAACAGUUUAACAAACAUUUCUCACAAGCCAAGCAUGUCCAUGGGCUUAUGUCGCUUGGAAUCCCCGAGUCCGAUGUUUGGUCAUUCAGCAAUAUCUCGAAAAUCGACGAUGCACAAAGCUUAUGGAAAAAAUUGUGCAAGAGCCGCUUGGAAACACAGCAUAAUGAGGAUAAUGUGGUAGAGGUGGAGGAUGAGGAAGGUAAUGUGAUGUCGCAUAAGGAUUAUGUUGAGUUGAAGAAACAAGGCUUGCUUUGA